UAUCAUCACAUCCAAAAUUCUAUCCGUUUAUUUUUUGAAUUCUUCUGAAAGUCUGUUGCAAAGUCCAUCCCUAAUGUCUCUACCGCCGGAAAUACAUCAAAUAGACAUCAACGAUCGUCGCUACAGAGAACUUAUCUCUCGGUAUUAUGGCGAAGCAUUUCUCAUGGCAACAGAGGCCUUAACGAUUGGCGAUGGCCUGCAUGUGCGUGCUGGCCGAGGACCAAAUUUUCCACCUGAGGAGUUCCGCAUUAUGCAUGAGAUCUUGAACUUUGAUCUUGAUGGGCCAAACGCACCACGCAACUUAGGCGCAGGCGAUGCCCCGAUCAGACAAAUAAACCCCCAUUCUUUAUUGAACAACAUCGACCACCAGCAGUCUGAGCACGAUGAAGUUCAGUUGGAGGACUUCGAAGAAGACGAUGGUCCACUCAACUUGGGAUUGUUCUCCAUGGGCCGCCAUUGGGGAGAAGCACAGCCUUACUUCAGUCCCCAACAGAUUGCGCCUCGACGCCAGGCCCUGGAGCUGCGAUUCACUGUCACGAUUGACUUGAACUGGAGCUAUUAUAAGCAGAUCUCCAAAAUAUUCGCCAAGAUGGGAUGGUGGGCGGCCUUGCGUUUGUCCUACUCUGAGCUCUUCUUCAAUUUAGAGUAGGGUUCCAGCUCUUAACUAAUGCAAUAAAGAAACUAUCAGAGC